AUGCAAAGGUGCUUGCGUUUAUUUUCGCCAAAGUUUCUUCCAAAUCGUGAACGAAUCAUGUUUAAGGACAGAAAGGAGGCGUUUUCUGAUUUCUGGAGAGUUUCAUGCACUACUUUUCUUUUCAACCUAGGAUUUGCUGCCUUUAUAGUAGAGUUCGGCUUUCCCACCCCAGACAUCGUGUAUGACAUCAAACGGAUCAUUUCGCCUGACUUUGACCUGUUUUGUCGACAUGGUGAGAAGGGUGAAUUUCGACUGGAUUUAUCUAAUCAAAUAGCGCUAUUUAAAAAUGAAGAGGAGAUUUUCAAGAAGUCGCGGGCUUCACAGCGUUCGCCAGAAGCUCGAUUUGGUGGCACUGUUUGA